AAUUCGUUCCGUCAUGAUCCGUCAUAUUAUGGCUACUGGAAAUCUUGGUUUUGGUGCUGGUCUUGCUGCAACGCAGGUUGGACUUUGUGUUGGUAUUUCUGCAACUAAUAUUGUGCUUGACUGCAUAAUUGCUGCAAAAGAUGCUGGGAAAGCUGGAACUCGUGCCAUUUACUCGUAUGAGCAAGCGAUUGAGCGAGUGAUUUUUAAUGCGAUUGGGGCUACUAGCGAGUUUGUGCAGCAUCCGACACAAAAGAUGACGGAGCAUGCGAACACAACCCUUGACUUUCUGAACGCCGCCACUGACAAGAUUUUCCGUCUUGAACCUGCUGAUGAGCGUCCGGAUAGUUCACUUGUGGAACGUGUCAAGACUUUGGCUAUGCGUAUUGGUGGAGCUGUUAAGGAAUGCGCCAGCACCUUUAUCUUUGACCCGGUUUAUUAUUCGGUUGCUGUAGUCAUUCAACAGCUGGGAAGGUGUCUCGUUCUGGUUGAUUAUAUGCGUAGUGGCAAGGAUUGGACAUACAACAAAAUUAGUAAUGGAACGACUGCGACGGUUGCACUUUGCCGAGCUGUGACGGAUCAAGCUAUUCGUGUCGGGACUACUCCGGGCGCUGUACUUUUGGACAUCAUUCGUCAAAGUUCUAAGCGUCUCGAGGAACUGUUGGGAAAUCUGAACGAAAAGGGAUCUCAGUUGCUCACUUCCGGACUUCAAUAUCGCGUUCAGGAAGUUAUUGCCUGGUGCCAGCGCAUUUGCGAUGCUUUUGCUAAGGCUCGAAGCAUUGAGCAGGUGAAGCUUAAGGUGCUUGAUGAGACGAAGGUUUGCGUCAACGAUAUGAUGACUUACAUUAUGCGUGCAAGUCUUGGUGGAGGUUCACCGGGAAGGCGUGGCAAUAGUGUUGCGGAUUAA